AUGUCUCACAGAAAGUUCGAAGCGCCCCGCCACGGUUCUCUGGCAUACCUUCCUCGCAAGAGGGCCGCCCGUCACCGCGGAAAGGUCAAGUCGUUCCCCAAGGAUGACGCAAAGAAGCCAGUCCACCUUACUGCCACUAUGGGCUACAAGGCUGGUAUGACUACCAUCGUCCGCGACCUCGACCGUCCCGGCGCGAAGUCUCACAAGAAGGAGGUUGUUGAGGCUGUCACUGUCAUUGAGACACCACCAAUGAUCGUUGUUGGUCUUGUUGGCUACAUUGAGACUCCCCGUGGUCUCCGAUCCCUCACCACCGUCUGGGCCGAGCAUCUGUCCGACGACCUGAAGCGCCGCUUCUACAAGAACUGGUACAAGUCCAAGAAGAAGGCCUUCACCAAGUACGCCAAGAAGCACUCCGAGGCUUCCGGCUCCUCCAUCACCCGCGAGCUCGAGCGCAUCAAGAAGUACUGCACCGUCGUCCGUGUCCUCGCCCACACCCAGAUCCGCAAGACCCCGCUCAAGCAAAAGAAGGCCCACCUUAUGGAGGUCCAGAUCAACGGUGGCUCUGUCGCCGAGAAGGUCGAGUUCGCAUCUGGUCUCUUCGAGAAGCCAGUCGAGGUCGCCUCCAUCUUCGAGCAGGAUGAGAUGAUUGACGUUAUCGCCGUCACCAAGGGUAAGGGUUUCUCCGGUGUCACCAGCCGUUGGGGAACCAAGAAGCUCCCCAGAAAGACGCACAAGGGUCUCCGUAAGGUCGCCUGUAUCGGUGCCUGGCAUCCGUCGCACGUCCAAUGGACUGUUGCCCGUGCCGGUCAAGAUGGAUACCAUCACCGUACCUCGUGCAACCACAAGGUUUACCGUGUUGGUUCCGGAACUGACGAGGGUAACGCCUCGACUGAGUUCGAUGUCUCCAAGAAGACCAUCACCCCUAUGGGUGGUUUCGUCCGCUACGGUGAGGUCAAGAACGACUUCGUCAUGGUCAAGGGCUCCGUCCCCGGUGUUAAGAAGCGUGUCAUGACCCUCCGCAAGUCCAUGUGGACCCACACCUCGCGCAAGGCCCUCGAGAAGGUCGACCUCAAGUGGAUCGACACCUCGUCCAAGUUCGGCCACGGUGCUUACCAGACCCCCGCCGAGAAGCGUGCCUUCCUCGGUACCCUCAAGAAGGAUCUCGUGCAGCAGUCCUCACAACCACCAGUCCAAGAAACAGACGAGCUCGAUAUCCUCCCUCGACGCAUCUCCCACAUCCGCUCCACCUCAGGCACAAUCGCGGGCGCACGCCUCCCCCCCCGCGUCUUCGCAGCGCUGUCAUCGCGUUCACGGACUACCGCUCCAGCAGUAGCAGCUUCAAUACCAGCACAGGCACCCCCAGCAGCUCGCGCGCCGCCGCGGCAGCAGAAACGAGGAAUGGUAGACGACGCAUCGUACCUCUCCUUCCUGGAGAAGGCGAAUGCACCUUUAGGAGGAGGGGGCAGCGAGGCGCAGGCCAGUGGAUCGGGGAAGAAGGGGUUUAAGACUGUGGAUGAGGGGGCGAAGGUGCCGGGGGUGAUUCGGAAGGCGAUUGAGGGGGUGGUGUAUGUUAGUGAGGCGGAUGAGGGGUUUGAGGGGGUGAGCUUGGGGACGGGGGGGAGGGGGAUGGUUGAUGGUGAAUCCUUCGCGGACCUAAUCGGCUCCCCCGCCGGCUGCGAAAUCGAAAUCCUAGAUAUCAGCCAGUGGGACGAGAGGGGCGAGUACAAGCCCAUCGUCGACGCCAUCCGCGACGCCGCCAGCGGCGGAGACGUGCGCGUCUACCGCGUCCCCCGCGGCGCGACGAGGGUCGAGUACUGGGUUGUUGGCGUGGAGGAGGGGGAGGAGGGGAGGUUGGUGGGGGCGAAGGCGUUGAGUGCGUGA